AUGAAGCUUACAUUGGCCACUAUUGUGGUCCUCAUUGGCUUCGCGCUCGCAAUGCGUAAGCAAGGUGUCGCUGUCAAAGGCGUCCUCAAGUGCGGCAAUGCGUUCGCCAAUAACACUAAAGUCAGAAUUGUCGAUAUUGACACUGGACCGGAUCCGGAUGACACCCUUGAUGAGAAGAGAACUGGCGAAGAUGGAGCUUUCGCGUUGACUGGAAGCACCCAUGAGUUGACCUCAAUCGAUCCUGUGCUUUACAUUUGGCAUGAGUGUCGAGACGAGCAGACGCCAUGCUCACGUAAGAUCAAAUUCACCAUUCCAAAGAAGUUCAUCCAUGGCGGCACCCCAACUGCAGAACAAUGGAUUGACAUUGGAGUUAUCAACUUGGAAGGCUCAUUCGACAACGAGGGACGCGAAUGCGUUAAUUAA